AUGCAACUUACAGGAUCAUCCUUUCUUUCAUAUUCACCACAAUCUACUCCAGUUCAACCUAAUGAUGUCUACAUGGUUCCAUCUACUACACCCCAACUCGAUUCAAAUCUUUGGUUUAUCGACUCACUUACAUCCAACAAUACAUCUUUAGUUACUCAACAUUCAAAUCUAAUUACAAAUAAUAAUACUUUACGAAAGAAGCAAGAAAAUUGUAAAGUAUGUUCAGAUUGUGGAACAGAUCAAACUUCAACAUGGCGUAAAUAUGGAACAAGUCAUUUAUGCAAUCCGUGUGGAAUUUAUCGUACAAAAUAUGGAAUUCAACGUCCAACUUACCGUGACGUUGAUGGUAAAAUCAGGAUCAAAAGAAGAAAUACUCAACAAAAUAGGGAAUGUGCGAAUUGUAGAACCACUGAAACGCCAUGUUGGAGAAAGCUUGAAGAAAGGAGAUUGUGUAAUAAGUGUUGUUUGUAUCAAAAAUUACAUGGUCAUCCGAGGCCACAAAAGAUUCGAGGUCGACCGUACUAA